UACGCCACCAACACCGUCUCUUGCUGUAUGAGGGCCAUGAAAGCAGUACUUCUCAUCGUGUCUCAUUUGUUGUAUCAGGUAAUUUGCAUUAACACAUCAACAUCUCCAGACUGCAUUUCACACAUGGAUGCUUGUGUUUCUCCAAGCUUCUGCAGAAAUGAACAGGCUGUCUUCAGAAAUAUCUGUGAUUUUAAAGAUGGAGGCUGUCGAAUGACUGAUGCAAAGGUCUGUAACAGCAAUCUGCAGAUGAUGUUGACCCGGGCACCUGUGUUGGGAGAGUGCCUGUGUUCUGGGCAGGAUCCAUGCAGCACUCUACAACAGCUGUACUCUCAAUGCCAGCAUCAUUUGGUACGCCGUACAAAUAGAUCCUGUCUUGAGGAGAUAAUAGCGUGCAUUGAAGAUGAAGACUGUAACAGACAGAUGGUGCCAUUUGUCCAGGCCUGCAGUACUCAAUGUGACCCCAGUGAAUGCAGGCAGGCAAUGGGUCAGUUCUACUCCAGUCUUCCUCAUGAUGUGGCUGAAUCACUGAUGUUCUGUGAGUGUGAAAGAGAAGACCCGGAAUGCCAGCAAAUGAAGACCUCUCUACACUGCGGAUCAUGCAUUAAUGAUGAGUUGCAGACACCAAUGACCUGCCUGGAGAUGCUGGACAGCUGUGCUGGAGAUGCACUUUGCAGGCAGACAUUUAACAGGUACCUGUCCGAAUGUUUUGGUGCAGUGGAAGCUCCAUACGGUGAGCAUUCGACCAGUGAAUGGCUACAGCAUCUAGACCCAGACUUUUUUCUUGGGGAAGAACUCCAAUGCAGGGUGGCGUUUGUGGCCACAAUGGGUUCAAUACUUCACAAUCCAUGUACUUGUGAUGGACUGCAUCAUCUUCACCAGCAUAAGUGCAAUGAGUUCCAACACAUGUUCCAAAACAAGUCCCUUUUCAAGCUUUCAGGGACUCAAACAAAUUUCAAAGAAAAAACAUCUGAUAAAUCAAGCAUUGAGCAACAACCAACCAAUCAAUCAAGCAUUGAACAGCAACCAACAAUUACAUCAAGCAUUGAGCAGCAGUGGUUAAGUGAUCAGUUGUUGUACUUAUUGAUAUACAUCUCAUUGUUGAUGGUGGUGGUAUUGUUCGCAAUCAGCCUCGUUUUACACAGACUGAGGAGAAUACACCAAGCUGCUGGUAAAGCAAGUUUUGAGGCCAAUCAGACUAAGUCUCUGAUAUUGUCAUCUGAUAAUAUUUGAGUAGUUUUAUUGGAUGUUUUACUUAGGGACUAUAAUAUUUCAGAUUUUUGUUUUUGCACAUUUUAGUUAUAGCUUCACAGUGAAUUUUCGAAAGAUGAUCAUAAUAUUUAUAUGUUGAUUUCUGUGAAGCUACACAGAAGGUUUGAUUGCAAGAUGGGAUUGUUCUGCCCUGACAGAUUAUGUAUUUUGCCCCUUCUACAUUAUUAUCAAAUAUUAAAAUCAUCCUCAAAAAGCAUUCACAGCAGGCUACAAUAGUAGUCUAUUUUUACAUUUACCAUAGCCCUCGUGGCCAAGGAGACAUCAGCCGAAAAGGAAAGUAGUUCUUUUAGAGGCGGAGCAAGUUUUGAUGAAAGAUUAUGAGGACAAACAUUUUGUUUCUCUCUUUGGAAUAACAUGCACUGAUGAAUCAUGCUCAAUAAGACUGGAAUGUGUAUUUUGAGAGUAAAUAGAGUCAAUUUUGAUUUCAUGUUGACUGUAAAGCUAUAUUCCGCUCCCAUGAUGUAUUGUGCUUUGUGUAUUUCAGUAUUGUACAAUAUUACUCAAAACAGUUUUUUUUUUUUUUUUUU